CCCUCUCUCAGGAUGUUCAUGCAUUUGGAGGUUUAUUAUUACGCUUUCAUCCUGAUGGCUCACAUGAAGACUUGCUGCAGUUGGUCAGUGAAUAAUUUCCUGAUGACCGGCCCAAAGGCCUACUUGAUCUACUCCAGCAGUGUAGCCGCAGGAGCUCAGAGUGGGAUUGAAGAGUGCAAGUAUCAGUUUGCGUGGGACCGCUGGAACUGCCCCGAGAGGGCCCUUCAGCUCUCCACCCACAGCGGACUCAGAAGCGCAAACAGAGAGACAGCGUUUUUCCAUGCCAUCAGUUCUGCUGGAGUCAUGUAUACCCUCACCAGGAACUGUAGCCUCGGCGACUUUGACAACUGUGGAUGUGAUGAUACCCGAAACGGCCAGCGAGGUGGUCAAGGGUGGCUAUGGGGAGGCUGCAGUGAUAACGUGGGAUUUGGAGAGGUGAUCUCCAAACAGUUUGUGGAUGCGCUGGAAACUGGACAGGAUGCACGAGCCGCCAUGAACCUGCACAACAACGAAGUAGGACGCAAGGCAGUGAAAGGAACCAUGCAGAGGACUUGCAAGUGCCAUGGAGUGUCUGGCAGCUGCACCACUCAGACCUGCUGGCUACAGUUGCCCGAGUUUCGAGAGGUGGGCAACUACCUAAAAGAGAAGUACCACCGGGCGGUGAAGGUGGAUCUGCUGCGCGGUGCGGGGAACAGUGCUGCCAGCCGUGGAGCCAUUGCUGAAACCUUCAACUCCAUCUCACGGAAAGAGCUGGUGCAUUUGGAGGAUUCUCCAGACUACUGCUUGGAGAACCGCACUCUAGGCUUGCCAGGUACUGAAGGGCGUGAAUGUUUGAGGAAGGGCAAGAAUCUGAGUAAAUGGGAGAAGCGCAGCUGUAAGCGGCUGUGUGGAGAUUGCGGUUUGGCUGUGGAGGAGCGCAGGGCCGAAACCGUGUCUAGCUGUAACUGCAAGUUCCACUGGUGUUGUGCUGUAAAGUGCGAGCAGUGCCGCAAAACUGUUACAAAGUACUACUGUGUAAAGAGAAGCAAACGAGUCAAGAAUGACAAUGCAAGCCGGAGGAAAAGCUAUCGGUUGAAGAAGAAGCACUAGAGAUGUUCUGAACUGUUCACUAUGGUGGUUUAGUUCAACUUAUACGCUUUAAAGAAUUCUGGGUUGUUGUAACACAAUG